GUUGAUGUAAAGUGGACUUUAGUUGUGGCUGCCGAAUAAGACGAAUAAUAAACCAUAAACCAUUAGAUAAAUAAAUAGAUUAGAAAAGAAGACGACUAUUAUUGACUGAUGUCAUUCUGACAUUUAUUAAAAAAAUUGAAAAAAUAUUAAAAUAAUUAUUCCAAAUUUAAAGGAUGGCUGUUAGGUUUGGAUCCGCUUUAAAGGAAUUACGGAUACACCUCUGCCAAACUGGGGCUGCUAGCAAAGGAGUCAGAGAGUUUAUGGAAAAGCACUAUGUACAAGUAAAAUCUAGCAAUCCAAAAUUUCCCAUACUUGUAAGAGAAUGUUCUGGAGUUGAACCGAGGUUGUGGGCAAGAUAUGAUUUAGGAAAGGAAAAAUGUAUUUCAUUGAAAGAUUUGUCUCCUGAAGAUGUUUUGAACAGAGUUCAAGCUGUAGCUAAAGGUCCAUAAACCAGAAUUGUAUAGGUAGAUUGUCGAUAUUUAUAAUAUAAAUAAAUUUUGUUGCCUCUAUUUGAGGAAAAAGUUGUUUCA